AUGAAGAUCUCCAUUGUUUUCGCUUUGGCUCUGUUGACCCUCGUGACUGUUGCCUGGGCGGAAACGGAUGUUGAAGGAACUGCGAAGGAAGGUGUUCUGAAGACUUUGGCCGAGUUGAAAGAUUUUUUGUCUAAUGAUCCGAUGGGCCAAAAAUUGGCUGCUAUUGGCAAAGACCUAAAGGAUUUCUUCCUUAUGGCCAAAACAAAGACCCAUUCAGCUUUUAAAGAGUAUAUUAAGAAGCUGAUGGAAUCAGAAGAAUAA